CACGAGAAUGCAGCUCAGCACAGGGGGAACCGCGUGUGGCAACGGCAAGUUCACGGCUUCUGGAGCCUGAACGACUGCGUGGAAUGCUCAAGUUCCCCUGGGACUCUGGGAGAGUCACUUUUAUCCCUUUCUAAAAUGGGUUAAUAAUACCUAGCCUUCGGGGUUACUGUGAGUUAGUCGGCUGUAAACAGUCACAUAAACGUUAAUCACUGGUAUUAGGAAGUACUCGAUCUGUGCUGGGGAAAUCAGGUGGAAGGGCCCCUCCCCGCUGACAUUCACCUUCCCUGUCCCAGCCUCACCUGGGCCCCAGACUCCUCCGUAGCCCACGCUGGGUCAUGCCCCGGCUUCCCUAAGGCCUCCCCCAGAACCCUGUGGAAGAGGACAGGGAGGCCGGGCCUGCCCCUGUGCCCACUGGGGCAUUCAUGCUGGCGACCUGCAUUCCAUGUCUCCAUUGGACAGCCACGGUCAGCCCUGCUGUCCUCUAUGCAACCUGAGGGCAGCACUAGCUCCCGUCCCCAGACGUGUUUCCCACCAAGGUAGGACGCGGUCCUGGCUGAAGUCCGGGUCGCCCCUUUCCAAAAAUGUCAGAACCAGGCUUCUGGAGAAAGGCCAAGAGACGGUUCUGGGGACAGAGAGGUGGGGCAAGGAGACAACGCAACGGGGAAGGAGCGUCACUUCCACGGGUUCCAUCCUGGGCCCAGGCGUGAUGGUACCAGGAGCCUGCCACCCUCGCUGUGGCCCUCACCCACACACCUGCCAGCACAGGGAGCCAGGCCCAGCCAUGCCCAGCUGGGCAGGAGCGAAGGCGUGGGCCUGCAGGGAAGAGCUGAGAUGAUAGCUGUGAACAUGCGCCCCGGGAAGUCCCCUGCCCGCCCGGCUGGCCUGCCUGCCUGCCUACCUGUCACUCUCCUUGGUUCAUUGGCCCAGAAAGCCCCACCCAGCAGGGGAGUGCGGAACAAAAGCUGCCUCCAGGAGGCCCACGGGCAGACCAGCCAGGGACUGGAGAGCCGCCUGCCAGAUUCAACACGGAGCAAAAGAGACCCAGAUUGUGGAACCUGCAGGCCAGGGCUCAAGACCAGCUCAGCUACUUCCGGCUGCAAGGCCUUGGGCAGUUGCCUGUCUGGGCCUUAGUUUCCUGCCCUGUGACAUGGGGGCAAUGGCCAUCUUGCCAUGUCCAAGUCUUUGCAAGUGAGGACGUGAGGACUUGGUGAUUGUAAAACAGUUUUCCCCCCACCCCCCGCGUCAUCAUCACGGGUGCCCAUUUCCAGGUCCUCCCCAGACCUCGUGGUGCAAGAUCCACCCACGUGAGGCCCCCAGUACACAGCCAGCAUGAACUGGGCGUUUCUUCAGGGCCUCCUGAGCGGGGUCAACAAGUACUCCACGGCCCUGGGCCGCAUCUGGCUGUCGGUGGUCUUCAUCUUCCGCGUGCUGGUGUACGUGGUGGCGGCCGAGGAGGUGUGGGACGACGAGCAGAAGGACUUCAUUUGCAACACCAAGCAGCCGGGCUGCCCCAACGUGUGCUACGAUGAGUUCUUCCCCGUGUCCCACGUGCGCCUCUGGGCCCUGCAGCUCAUCCUGGUCACGUGCCCCUCGCUGCUCGUGGUCAUGCAUGUGGCCUACCGGGAGGAACGCGAGCGGAAACACCGCCUGAAACACGGGCCCAACGCCCCGGCCCUGUACAGCAACCUGAGCAAGAAGCGGGGCGGGCUGUGGUGGACGUACCUGCUGAGUCUCAUCUUCAAGGCUUCCGUGGACUCGGGCUUCCUCUACAUCUUCCACUACCUCUACCAGGAUUACGACAUGCCCCGCGUGGUGGCCUGCUCCGUGGCACCUUGCCCCCACACUGUGGACUGUUACAUCUCCCGGCCCACGGAGAAGAAGGUCUUCACCUACUUCAUGGUGGCCACAGCGGUCAUCUGCAUCCUGCUUAACCUCAGCGAGGUCACCUACCUGGUGGGCAAGAGGUGCCUGGAGAUCUUCGGCACCAAGCGCCGGCGGUCUCGGCACCGGAGCCGUCUCCCCGACACCUGCCCGCCGUAUGUCCUGUCCCAAGGAGAACCCCCUGGCAAAGAGGACUCUGUCCUAAUGAAGGCCCCAGUGGACACAGGACGAUGCCCAGGCCCUGGAGAGAUCUGGCGCAGAGGAGACAUGAUAUGAUUGGCAGUGCGUCUGGCUGCAGUGAGGAGGGGCCAAGGCAGGGCUCUCUGGAAUCUGCGGCAAUAACCCGAACGGGAACCAACAAUGGCCUGAACCAGGGUGUGUACAAUGGGGACGGAAGCAAGAGCUGGAUUUUAGAAAUGGUUACGAGAUACAAUCAGAGGGGUUUGGUAAUUUGAUUGGGUAUGGGGACCAAGGAGAAGGAGAACUCACCCACCCAGCUUUCUGGCUCCAGCAGUUGGAACCUUUUACUGGAGCAGGAAGCCGGGUGGAGGAGCCAGCGUGACGGAGAUGCCACAGCUUUAGCUUCAGACAUUUUGAGGGUUUAAGGCUUCUUCCUUCCUUCCUUUCUUUGCAAGGCAGAGUGACAGAGAGAGAGGGAGAGAGACAGAAAGAGAUCUUCCACCCAUCAAUUCUCUCCCCAAAUAGCCACCACCUCGGCCAGGGCGGGGCCUGGCCAGAGCCAGGAGCCAGGAACUCUAACCAGUGUCCCACAUGCAUGGCAGGGGCCCAGGGACUCAGGCCAUUCUCUGCUGCCUUCCUGGCACAAGAGCAGUGAGCUGGAUUGGAAACACCGCAUCUGGAACACAAAUUGGCCCUCCAGUGUGGGUUGCCAACAUUGCAAGCAGCAGCUUAACCCACUGCACCACAAAGCCAGCUGUACACGUUGUGAGUCGGAGAUACAGAUGAGAAAUCCUGGCUGCUCCCUGCCACCAUGGGCCAUCCUGGCCCUCGGCUCACUGUCUUUUUUUAGCAGCUGCCCUUCCUUCAUUCUUGGUGGCUGCAUGUCCAGCGCCCUGGCCUCUUCCAUCGCUCAUGCGCUGGACUUUGUCAAGGACCUUGUACCCACCUGUCUCUUUAUGAGGAGUCUUGGGUUAACAGGCAGUCUGCAGAUUGAGGGUGAAAAAUGUUGCCCCAACAAAGUUAACCUUAGCAAGGUCAGAAGUGCCUGUCUGCUGGGAGCUUCCAAUCUUAUCAUGAGAAUAGCAAAGGAAUGGUGACUCCACCCUUCUGAGCUCCCAGUUUACUGUCAAAGGAAUCAGAUAUUCCACCCUUGUGAUGGCCCUUUUAUCAUGAGCAAGCCAGACAGGAAAAAGGAUUGCAAAUAAGUCUUGAUUUUUAGAAUCUCUCUGCUUGUCUGCUUGGAAAUUCUUCUUCCAUGUGAGACAAAGAACUGAGGUAACACUAUGUUCUCCACCACCGCUUUCCCGUAACAUCUGAGCUCCCUCACUCUGCUGCCCACCCCUGCAGUCUACCCACCAUUGUUCACCGCCCUUCCCAGCUCAGACUCCAUGGGGCCCCAGGUAAUCACCAACUCCGAGAUGUCCUCCAUUUCCUCUCCAGGCCUCCGCGCCACCCAGGGGGCAGGACCCGGAUUCUACUCAAACUUGACUCCACUGAGCACCUGAGAAGAGCACAACCAGGCUGCUCGUAGUUUAAGCUUCAGACCACAGAGCCCAGGUGGACACUCAGCACCUGCAAGCAAUUCUGCAUCAUCCUAAAGCCUUACCCCUGAUCCCUGAUGCCUGUCUCACACUUUUUCCUCCAACUUCCAUUUCCACUGCCAGCCACACACCGUGUGUUCCUGGAGAACAGAAGCAUCAGGCAACUGCUAGCUCCUGUACCCCACCACAGCUGCAGGAGCUCCGGCACUCUGCCUUCUCUCCUGCAGCCUGAACAGCAUAUCCCUGCUCCUGGGAAACCCAUCUACUUGGUCCCUGGACCCCACCACCUCUCACCCACUUGGGACUGUGCUCCACAGCCAGUCCCUCUCUCCCCCAAGUCACAAUCCCUCUCUCUGCAAAUGACCAUAUAUUUUAUUUUUGCUUUAAAGAUUUAUUAUUUUUUAUUUAUUUGAAAGGCAGAGUUACAGAGAGGAGAAGAGACACACAGGGAGAGAGAUCUUCCAUCCUCUGGUUCACUCCCCAAAUGACCACAAUAGCCAGGGCUGGUCCAGGCUGAAGAGCCCAGAACUUCUUCUGGGUCUCCCAUAUGGGUGCAGGGGCCCAAGUUACUUGGGCCAUCUUCUGCUGCUUUCCCAGGUGCAUUAGCAGGGAGCUGGUUCAGAAGUGGAGCAGCCAGGACUCAAACCAGCGCCCACAUGGGAUGCCGACAUCACAAGCAGAGGCUGAACUUGCUAAGCCAUAGCACUGGCUCCUAUCAUAGUCUAUUCAUCUCUCCCUUUUCCCAGUGCUCCUUUGAUGCCACAUCCUUCCUCAGCUCCUCCCCUUGACAGAAGACAAAGUGUCACCUGUGUGGCACCUCUAAGUGUCACCUGUGCAAACCUUCUUCACUCCUCAUCACUCCUCUCUGGUCAAGGUCACCACUGGCCUUCAAGUUCCCAGAUCCAGGGGUCAGAUCUGCAGCCUCCUCUUACGUCCUCAGCAGUGUUUGGCCACGGAAGCCCCCUGCUUGAACACCGUCCUCUCUUGCUCCACGCGGCACCUUCUCCUGGCUUUUCUCUCUUGACCUCCACUGAUGGCUCCUCUCCUCUUCCUACUCACUAAGUUCAUGAUGCCCCAGGGUCCAGUUCUCCACCCUCUCCUCUCUAUGCAUCCUUCGGUGAUUUAUCCAGUAGCACCUAUAAAACCAUCGAUAAAUGGAUGACGCCUACAUUCGUGUCUUCAGAGCCAACCUCUCCCAUGUCAGACUCAGGCAUCCGAGUUCCCGUUGCUCAUCUAAAAUAGAACUGCUCAUGCCCCUACCUGAGAACAGGUGUGUGUCUUCCACCUCCACCAUCCUCUUUCCUCACAAUCGCACCCACACCAUUAGCAAGUCGUGUGGGCAAUAGUGCCAACAUGCUUUCAAACCCAAUCGCUUCCUACCCUCUCCAGUGGACUGUCCUUGUCCCAGUACCUGCACACCUGCAGCGACCAGGUGCCCAGCUUCCUCUCUUGCUCCCCUGAAACUCCGCAUCCCCACAGGAGCCUGAAGGAUCUUUCUAGCACACAAGUCAGAUCAAUCAAGUCCCCUCCUCUAAGUGCCUUCCUAUUAUGGCCAGAAAAAUAAUGAGCCCGACUCUUCCACAUGGCCUGCACAAGGUUGGGUGUGACAGGUCUGAGCCCUGGCUACCCUCUCCAAAGCUGUCUCCUUCCACAUUCUCCUCUCUGCACGCUCUGCCCUUUCCUGCCUUCUCCCCUCACGGGGCCUUUGCACAUGCAUCUGCCCUGCCCCCGGCUUCUCUUGCCUGUCUUCCCUGCACUCAGCUCUCAACUCACACAUCCCCUACUGCAGGAAUCCCUUUUUUUUUUUUUUUUUUUUUUUUUUUUUGGACAGGCAGAGUGGAUAGUGAGAGAGAGAGACAAAGAGAAAGGUCUUCCUUUUGCCGUUGGUUCACCCUCCAAUGGCCGCCACGGCUGGUGUGCUGUGGCCGGCGCACCGCACUGAUCCGAAGGCAGGAGCCAGGUGCUUCUCCUGGUCUCCCAUGCAGGUGCAGGGCCCAAGGACUUGGGCCAUCCUCCACUGCACUCCCUGGCCACAGCAUAGAGCUAGCCUGGAAGAGGGGCAACCGGGAAAGAAUCCGGCGCCCCAACCGGGACUAGAACCCGGUGUGCCAGCGCUGCAAGGUGGAGGAUUAGCCUACUGAGCCGUGGCGCUGGCCAGGAACCCCUUUGUGACCCACCUCCACAGAAGGAGCACAUGAUCACUCUGUCACCUACCUCAUUUCUCCAACCCUGCAGCAUUUACUAGGAUGUCCCAGCACUUUCUAUUGUUAAUAUAGGGAGUCAGAUGGGUUAAUAGGCAGCCAGAGUGGUCCCGGUGGAAAUUGAGGGUGCAAAAUGCUUUCUUCCCCCCCCAAAAAAGUUAUCUUUAGCAAGAAUAAAAGUGCCCGCCCUACUUCCUUAGGAACCUCUAAUUUUACCAUGAGAAUAGCAAGGAAGUGGUGAUUCCUUCUGAGCUCCCAGCUUAUUGUAAAGUAAAUUAGGUGUCCCAUCCUUCUUUGUUUUAUCAAGAGCAAGCCAGACAGGGUAAAAAAAUUAUAAUAUAAAUCAGGUCUUAUCCCCUCCUUGUACUGAUUGACAGUUUCUUCCCCAAGAUUGUGCUUAAAAACCCCACUACCCCCAGCCUUCCAGGUUUCGCCUCUCUCGGAUCCCCUCUCCAUGCCACUCUCGACUGGAGAUCUCUGACUCUAAUAAAUCUUGCUUUUAAAUGUUUCUAAAUGCUUUCUCUCUGCCUUGUCCACUUGGACAUUCUUCUUCCACGUGAGAGACAAAGAACCAGGGUAACACUUUCUCCGCCGCCAUUUCACCUGUAACAUUCACAUGUGUAUUUCCUUGUUGUCCAUAGAGAGGAUGAGAAGGGACUUCGGAGCAAGGACCCUGUUGUGUUCACUCUUUAUUCCCCAGCACCUAGAAGAACGCUCCGUAUGGUAGGCACUCAGUAAACAUGGGUCAGUGCCGACUGCAGAAGGGAACAGAAGAGGGAGAAAGCACAAGGCUGGAGAUAUCCAUUGGGGGGGGGGGGGGGGGGCGUUGUCAGCGUGCACAUCUGAAGAUGCACCAGGGGGCAUGCUCUCAAUUAUUGCAUCUGAACGACAAAAUGCUCUUUGCGUGAAAUUCAUUAGCCUGAAAUAACCUCAGUCAAUGAGGUUUUGGAUACUUGGGGAGGUAGCCUGACAGAAUCAGAAAACAAUGGCCAAGAUAUUUUACCUAGAUUUAAUCAGCAUUCCUGGGGGUGGGACCUGAGAUUGUGAGCAUUGUCUUUGUCAGCAAGCCUUAACAAAUCACUUUACAAACAAUAGAGGAGGCAGUUAUGGUGUGUGCAUGACAAAUGCACACCUACUGCAUGAUUUUUUUAAAUUUAUGCAACCUCUUUUUUUGUGUGUGACAAAGAAUAAAGUUUCCAGCUUCAUAUACAGAUUCAAACAGCACUGUUUCACCAACAGCUUGGCCAGAAGUAGCGCUUUUGUGUUUUGUAAAAUGUUGAUGAUAACCAAGAAAGCUCUAACGAUAUUGACCCAGAUAUCAAUGCAAAAAGUUUAAAUAAAACAGCUUCAUAAAAUAUGAAAGGGAAAAAAGUAAUUUUUCCUAAUGCAUGGUUUCAUGAGUAUAGAAUCAGAAUCAAAAGUAAGUGAGUGUGGCUAAAAGCUAAUUGCAGAUCUCUUGCUUCUGUACAUAUUAGCUUUGCUUGCGAACGGCUAAGGGUGUAUCUUGUGAAACUAUGUGGGCUCAAAUUCCCAGGAACUAGGUUGACCCAAAUGUGUCCUUCACUGGAUCUGCUAUUGGGUUUGUUAUUGUUCACUGUUAUCUUACAACCACAUUCUGGUUUUCCUCUUUAUUGUUCACUGCAUACCAGGGGUCUGGUUCGAAAUUGUGAGCCCUAGUGAGCUAUGUAACCUGCACUCUGGUAAGGAGUAUUGGUCCCGAUCGGUGGCCGGUCCUGAUCUGUUACCUUGCCUCUCAUUUGUCUCUCAUUUGCUUCUCAUUUUCAAUAAAAUUCAUGUGUGACUGUCA